GACUCAGAUCUCACCUCCUACAACUCCCCCAGAAGAGCCGGGCCACUGUUUCCUGGAUUAUCCUAAAAGCUUCCGAGGCCGUGAGGACUUGGCAGCAUCUCUGCCCGCUCCCUCACCUCCCCCUUUGGCGCUGCCUGUCGCCUCCUUUAUAAAGCCUGCUCUUUUAUCACUGCCACUUGCCCCUCACUGCAGCUGCCAUCUCUGGGCUCCAUGGACUGGUCCCAUCUGAGGUGCCCCUGACCGUCCCUGUCCCCCACCCCACCCCGGAUCCCGGCAAUGCUAACCGCUGUCUGUGGCUCUCUGGGCAGCCAGCACACGGACGCGCCUCACGCCUCCCCGCCGCGCCUCGACCUGCAGCCUCUCCAGACAUACCAGGGCCACACGAGCCCCGAGGCCGGGGACUACCCCUCCCCGCUGCAGCCUGGGGAGCUGCAGAGCCUCCCGCUGGGCCCGGAGGUGGACUUCUCCCAGGGCUAUGAGCUGCCGGGGGCCUCCUCGCGGGUAACCUGCGAGGACCUGGAGAGCGACAGUCCCUUGGCCCCGGGACCCUUUUCCAAGCUCCUGCAGCCGGACAUGUCACACCACUACGAAUCAUGGUUCAGGCCGACUCACCCAGGCACGGAGGACGGCUCGUGGUGGGACCUUCACCCGGGCACCAGCUGGAUGGACCUCCCCCACACUCAGGGCGCGCUGACCUCACCCGGCCACCCGGGGGCGCUUCAGGCUGGCUUGGGGGGCUACGUCGGCGACCACCAGCUUUGUGCCCCCCCACCCCACCCGCACCCGCACCACCUCCUCCCAGCCGCCGGAGGGCAGCAUCUCCUGGGGCCGCCCGACGGGGCUAAGGCCUUGGAAGCCGCCGCCCCAGAGUCUCAAGGGCUGGAUUCCAGUCUGGACGGGGCGGCCCGGCCCAAGGGCUCCCGGCGCUCGGUGCCCCGCAGCUCCGGCCAGACCGUGUGUCGCUGUCCCAACUGUCUGGAGGCGGAGCGACUGGGGGCUCCGUGUGGGCCCGACGGGGGCAAGAAGAAGCAUUUGCACAAUUGCCACAUCCCGGGCUGCGGGAAGGCCUACGCCAAGACGUCGCACCUGAAGGCACACCUGCGCUGGCACAGCGGCGACCGUCCCUUCGUGUGCAACUGGCUCUUCUGUGGCAAGCGCUUCACGCGCUCCGACGAGCUGCAGCGCCACCUCCAGACCCACACGGGCACCAAGAAGUUCCCCUGCGCCGUCUGCAGCCGAGUCUUCAUGCGCAGCGACCACCUGGCCAAGCACAUGAAAACCCACGAGGGCGCCAAAGAGGAGGCAGCCGGCGCGGCCCCGGGCGAGGGCAAGGCCGCCGGCGGAGGGGAGGCCCCCGGGGGCAAGGGCAAACGCGAGGCCGAGGGCGGCGCGGCUUCCUCCAACUGAGCCCCUCGGUGCCGCCUCCCUGGGGCCUCCUGGGGCAUCGGAGGAGCGCCCCCCGCCCGACGUCCUGGGGGGGCGGCUUGAG